AUGUCCGCCCUCGCCUUGGUCCUCUUGGUGUCCGCGCCCGUGGCACUCGCUCAAACCUUUCAACGACUCGGCGCUUGCCCAGACCUCGGAUGCGUCUUCCCCCCCGACCAGGCCCAUUUCCUCCCCGGUCAGAACUUUGACAUACGCGUCGAGAUCCACGCGCCGGAAAACGGCACCGAAGCCUUCAACGAUGGUGUUCCGGAUCCCGAGUUCACCCUUACGAUCGCCAGCAACAGCGAGCCGUCCGGCAAGUCUGUCACAGAGUUCUUUGGGAUCGAGGAGGAGCCUGAGCUCGAGACCUGGACGUUUUCGUGGUACGAGGACCUCUUCGCCCAGGAUGCGGGGAACAAGUCCGUGGUCAAUGUGGCGUCCAAGGCGUACCGUCACUUGUCGCUGUACGAGCCCGGCAACUACACGGUCGAGCUCACCUAUUAUAACGGCACGAAGAAGACGUUGGCUGAAUGGUUGGUCCGCCCCCUAGCCGAGGAAAAGAAGGCAAAGAACGUGAUUCUGUUCAUUGGGGAUGGUAUGACGACGAACAUGAUUACGGCCGCGCGCUUGCUGGGGCAUAAGAGCGUCAACGGAAAGUAUCAGUCUCGUAUGCAGAUGGACCAGUUUCCCAUCUUGGGGCAUCAAAUGACACAUUCCGUCGACAGCUUCAUCACGGACAGCGCCAACUCUGCAUCUGCGCUGUAUUCUGGUCACAAGGGCACAUCUGACUCCAUGGGUGUGUAUUCCGACUCAUCGGCCGAUGACUUUGACGACCCCAAGGUCGAGACAAUCGUUGAGAUGGUGGGGUCGGCUUGGGGUGCCGUAACAACCGCUGCUCUCGAUGAUGCUACUCCAGCAGCGUUGACCGGCCACAGUAGAUCGAGAUCCAACGCCGGCUCGCUGAUUGACCAAGCCCUCAAUGGCAUGACGAACUACUCGUGGAGCAGCCACCCCGGGCCCGACGUCUACUUUGGUGGCGGCGCCUCGACCUUCCUUCCUGGAUCUACGUCGUACGAGGGCAAGGACUACUACGAAGAGUUCCGCAAGCGAGGCUACUCGGUGAGCUGGAACGCCACAUCCCUUCGCGAUGCGCCCCUCGGCUCUCCGGCCCUGGGCGUCUUUUCCACCUCUCACCUGCCCGUCUGGCUCGACAGAAAGAUUUUCACAGAAAACAUUGCCGAGCUCGAGACCCAUCCGUCCGGUGACGGCUCCGCGCCGCUGGACCUUCCCGGUCUGAAGGACAUGACUCUCAAGGCCGUCGACAUCCUCCUCGAGCGCAGCAACGACACGGGCUUCUUCCUCAUGGCCGAGGGCGCCUCCAUCGACAAGCAGAUGCACGCGCUGGAUUACGACCGAGCCCUCGGCGACCUGCUCGAGUUCGACGACACGAUCCGCGCCACGAUUAAGAGGCUCAGCGAAGCCGGGGAGCUCGAGAAGACGCUCAUCGUGGUGACGGCCGACCACGGCCACGGCUUUGACGUCUUUGGCGUCGCCGACACAAAGUACCUCGCCGCCCAGGAGACGGACCGCAAGAAGCGCGACGCCAUUGGCAUCUACGAGCGCUCUGGCCUCUCGCAGUACACCGUCUCCCGGCCCGACGGCAUCGAGUACGGCACCGGUCCCAACUUCCCGUCCAACUGGAGCCCCCGAUACGCCAUUGCGCCUGCAUUCGGGGCCAACCCUGAUCGCAAGGAGAACUACCGACUGCACGAGGCACCGCGCCGGGUAGCGGUGGGCGGUGAGGAUGGAGGUUACGUCGCAAAUCCGGAGGAUGGCGAGGACGGCUUCUUUGUUCCGGGCACCAUCCCGACGUCAUCUUCAUCUGGCGUCCAUUCCCUGACCGAUGUGCCGGUGUUUGCCAUGGGACCCUGCCAGGAGACGUUUGCGGGCGUGUAUGAUAACACGGACGUCUUCUUCAAGAUUGCUUCGUGUCUUGGAUUGGGACAGUCUUCGCCGACGCCCAAGAGAAAGUGA